CAUCUGAGAUUGGAGAGAGCCGUCCCCCUUCCCCGUCCUUCCGCCUCCGAUCCCGAUCCCGAUCCCUCCCCCAAGAAAUUUGCAAUCCCUAAAGAGAUCUGAAACCCUAAUCAAUCCAAGAAGGGUUUGCUUGUCCGAUCGAUCGCCAUGGCGUGCCUCGCGCUCUCCUUGCAGCCGGCCAAUGGCCCCGACAUCCUCCUCCAGACUCGCGAGUGGUUCCCUCCCGCCCGCGCCCUCGCCGCCCUCUCCGCCUUCCGCCACACCCGCCUCUCCCUCUCCCCCGCCGCCGCCGGCCCCGCCCGCGGCCUCCCCUCUUCUUCCUCCGCCGUCCCCGCCUCGUCCCCUUCCCCUUCCUCCGACGAUCUUGAUUCCUCCCUCGGAGACGAUCCCCUUGCUGCCUCCGGUGGCCAGCUCGUCGUCGGCGUCGAGAGCAAGUAUCGCGUUGUCUAUCGACUAGUCAACUCGGUUUAUGUCCUCGGCGUCACCACCGCCGACCACCACUCCAACCUUUUCGAGUGCAUUAACACCGUCAACCAGGCCGUCUCUGUCGUCGUCGCCGCCUGCCGUGGCGUCGACGUCACCCCGGAGAAGCUCCACCGGAAGUACCCUGAGGUGUACAUGGCCCUUGAUAUCGUCCUCCGCGGCGUCGGCAGCGUCCGCCUCGCCUACAUCCUCUCUUCCAUCCACGGCGACAACAUCGCCAAGAUGGUGCACACCGCCAUUGACGCGGAGAACCGCGUCCGCGGCGCCGACUCCUGGGCCGGUGGCGCCGAGGCCCUCGCUACCGAGCGCCGCGCCAACCUCGAGGCCUUCUCCUCCGCCUUUUUCGAGCUCCCCACCGAGACCCUCGCCGCCGGGGACGAGGUCGCCGUCUCCAUCGCCCCCGCCACCACCUCCCUCACCGAGGACCAGCAGCAGAAGGACCAGACCGAGGAGGCCGCCCCGGAGGAAAAGGAUCCCUUCGCCGCCAGCGAGCGCAUCAACAAGCCCGACGAAGCCCUCGUCGGAGGGUUCAAGAAGAGCAAAGAUCAGACCGCCAGCACGGCGGAUCCGACGCUGGCCCUUGCCGGGCUCGAGGUCACGACUCUCCCUCCGGCCGAAGCCACGAAGCCCACUUUCAUCGGGGUGGAAGGGUUCGAAGGGGACUACGGUGGAAUCGAGUUUGGCAACGAGGAGGCGUCCCUCUCGGAAGCAUUUGAAGGCAUUGAAGGGAACACUCCAUUCGGAGGUGGGCUCGAUGCAUCGGAAUUCAUAACGACCACGAAGAAGACUACCCAGGCCCAGGGUCUUACCGGUCUCGAGCUCCUUGCCACUGGCCCGAGCCCUGCGGCUGCUACUGCCGCUGCGGCAGCGGGAGCUGGCACACCUCUGGAGAAUCUCCUGGUAACAAAGACAAAGGAGAUGACGGGUCCUGAGAUGUUCAUUUCGGAGGAGAUCAAUGCUGAGUUCAGGGAGUCUCUUCUUGCUCGUGUGGGCUUGAAAGGCACCAUCUUCUUGAGAACGCUGCCACCGAAGAAGGCUGCUGGGAAAGAGACGGAGUUCUCCUUUCGACUGGAAGGCACCUCAAGCAUUAAGAGGGCGGUACUGCAAAGUUCUCGUGUUAGCAGCCUUCAGAACGGACUGUUUCACGUUAGGACUCCAUCUAUGGAAGAUCCCAUACCACUCAUUCUUUAUAGCUUGCAGCCUCGUUUGACUCCACUGCCACUGAGGCUUCGACUCGUGAAGCGCCACACCGGGAAGCUUCUCAGAGCAAUGAUACAGUAUGUCUCCAACCCGUCAUUGCCCAUGCCAUUGACCAAUGUGACCUUUAUUCUGAAGCUUCCAGUUGAGCCAACUUUGCUUGAGGUUUCACCAAAGGCGAUUCGUGGAGAGAAGGAGAUUAGGUGGCAUAUCUCUGAUGUUCCUCUCAAGGGUCCUCCAGGUCGGCUGAGGGCAAAAAUGCCAGUUGAUCAGGAUUCUGCAGACGGUGAACUUGAUGUCAAUGGGAUGGUGAAUUUCUCUUCUCAAGGGUCUAUGACGCUGUCUGGUGUAUGUCUUAGGCCAGUUUCGGAUGGCAUUGCACACUUCAAUGAGGUUAGCCAUAUUUAUGCUAGUGGGACUUAUUUGUGCACAUGACCAGCAACCAUGGUUCACAUUGUGAAGGCUUGCGGUCAGUUCUUUCACAAUGAUUUAUCAAGUUGCUAGAGAGUGACAAAAUUUCAUGUGUAAUAAAUUUGGCUUUGGUAUAGCUGGUUCAACUACUUCUGUGUUCUUCGGCAUGUAUUCUUUUGGCUUUCUGGAUGUUAUUUGAGUUGAAAUGAGGUAGUGCUUUAUGUAAUAGCUUAAAUAUUGAACAGUGUAUGGGUGUCAUUGUGUUUGAUUGUUCUUUUAAAAUUUUCUCUGUCCUGAC